UAUGUGAGUCGUUCAUAAGGAAAACGGUUCGUUCGCAAUUCGCCCAUCACUGGUGUCGUUUUUGUUUUUCCCAUAGAGGCGAUAUGGCAACACCCGCCGCUGUUAAUCCGUCCGAGAUGGGCACAGAUCUUCCUGGACCGGUGACCAUGGCAGGUGCUGUUGUGGGUGCAGGGCAGGUGAGAAUGGGGGGCAACAUGCCAGGACGAGGGGGCAAGAGGAGAUCGACAGGGAUGGACUUCGAUGAUGAAGAUGGAGAAGGGCCGAGCAAAUUUUCAAGGUAUGAUGAUGAUCAAAUGCCUGCAGAUAAGGAACGUUAUGCCAGAGAAAACCACAGCGAGAUCGAGCGACGCCGGCGUAAUAAAAUGACGCAGUACAUCACCGAGCUGUCGGACAUGGUGCCCACUUGCAGUGCGCUGGCCCGGAAACCUGACAAGCUCACCAUCCUACGUAUGGCUGUGUCGCACAUGAAGUCCAUGAGAGGAACUGGCAACACGUCUACUGAUGGAGCUUACAAACCCUCCUUCCUCACCGAGCAGGAGCUGAAGCACUUGAUCCUGGAGGCGGCUGAUGGCUUCCUGUUUGUGGUGGCAGCUGAGACGGGCCGCGUGAUCUAUGUGUCGGACUCGGUGACCCCCGUGCUGAACCAGCCACAGUCCGAGUGGUUUGGCAGCACCCUGUACGAGCAGGUCCAUCCUGACGACGUGGACAAACUCCGCGAGCAGCUCAGCACCUCUGAGAACUCCAUGACCGGCCGGAUCCUGGACCUGAAGACAGGGACAGUGAAGAAGGAGGGACAGCAAUCCUCAAUGAGGAUGUGUAUGGGCUCCAGACGCUCCUUUAUCUGCAGAAUGAGGUGUGGCAGCGCUCCUCUGGAUCACAUCUCUCUCAACCGUCUGUCGAGCAUGAGGAAGAGAUACAGGAAUGGACUCGGGCCGUCAAAGGAAGGCGAGGCUCAGUAUUCAGUGGUGCAUUGCACUGGCUACAUCAAGGCUUGGCCCCCUGCAGGAAUGACAAUCCCGGAAGACGAUUCAGAAGCAGGCCAGACAAGUAAAUACUGCCUGGUGGCAAUUGGAAGACUUCAGGUGACGAGUUCUCCAGUCUCCAUGGACAUGAACGGGCUGUCUGUACCCACAGAGUUUCUGUCUCGUCACAACUCGGACGGCAUCAUCACCUUCGUGGAUCCCCGCUGCAUUAACGUGAUUGGCUACCAGCCGCAGGACUUGCUUGGUAAAGAUAUUCUAGAGUUUUGUCAUCCUGAGGAUCAGAGCCACCUAAGGGAGAGCUUCCAACAGGUCGUAAAGCUGAAAGGUCAGGUCUUAUCGGUCAUGUAUCGUUUCCGGAUGAAGAAUCGCGAGUGGAUGCUGAUCAGAACCAGCAGCUUCACCUUCCAGAAUCCAUACUCAGAUGAGAUUGAGUACAUCAUCUGCACCAACACAAACGUCAAGCAACUCCAGCAACAGCAGCAGGCGGAGCUGGAAGUUCACCAGAGAGACGGCCUGACAGCGUAUGAUCUCUCACAGGUGCCAGUGGGCAAUGUGUCGGGCAGCGUACACGAAGCAGGAAAGAGCAUUGACAAAACGGAGACGCUCUUCUCUCAGGAGAGAGAUCCACGUUUCAGUGACAUGUACACAGGCAUCUCUGGCUCGGAUAAGAAGAUGAUGGUGCCCUCGUCCACUGCAGGAGGACAACAGCUAUAUUCCCAAGGCAGUCCUUUCCAGCCAGGACAUUCUGCUAAGAACUUCAGCUCCUCAGUGAUCCAUGUUCCCGGAGUAAAUGACAUCCAAUCAUCUGCCGGUUCAGCCGGGCAAAAUUUGGCUCAAAUUUCCCGUCAGAUUAACUCCAGUCAGGUGCAGUGGUCAGGCAGCAGGCCACCGUUCUCCGGUCAGCAGCAGCUCCCGGCUCAGUCCAGCAAAGCUCAGUCUUCUCCAUUCGCCAUCGGCUCAAGCCACAGCUACCAGGCCGACCCGUCCUCUUACAGCCCGCUGUCCAGCCCAGCCACUUCCUCUCCAAGUGGGAACGCCUACUCCAGUCUGACCAAUCGCAGCACUGCAUUCGAUGUUGCAGGUGAAGGCAGCCAGAGUGGCGCUCAGUUCCAGGGUCGGCCGUCUGAGGUUUGGUCUCAGUGGCAGAGUCAGCAUCACAGCCAGCAGAGCGGAGAGCAACACACGCACACCCAACCCAGCCAGUCUGAGGUGUUCCAGGACAUGUUGCCUAUGACUGGAGACCCAACACAAGGAACCGCCAACUACAACAUCGAAGAUUUUGCCGAUUUGGGCAUGUUCCCUCCGUUUUCUGAGUAACAGCAGACUAAAUUGCUCUCUGGGUCAUUUUUAUUUUCUCUAGUUUUUAUCAUCAUCAUCAUCAUCAUCUCAAUCAUCAGCAUUAAGAUCAGUGAAACUCGCACUUGCAUAUACACUGCCAUAUUGUGCAUCUCUGAUCCUGGGUCAUGAAACAAAACUUCCUGUAUAGGUACACAAAGAAAAUGUUCUGUUUCUUUUUCGGUCAAUGUGUAAGCAGUCUAUCUUGCGACCGAUUUAUCUGGUACACACUAGACAUGUGCCGAUAUAUUCUUUACGAAUGACAAAUCCAUAAAUAUACUCAAAAGCUUCGCAGCUUUACAGUGUUCACAUUCGUGGGUCAGGAUCAAGUGAUGGCUGGAGAUAGCUUUAGAGGCCAAGCUGAGUGGAUGCUGCAGAUAGCCGAGAUGAUGAAACUAAGCAUUCUGUGAGCUAUAGCCAGUGUUCAGUAAAAUCGAAUGAAUUACCUUAAACACUAAAUUAAUCUUACAUACGAUAAAUAAUUGUUAUGGUUUUUAAUGUUAUCUUUUCUUUUUUUGGAGCAGGAAAAAACAAUGUGUAUUUGUUUCAUUGGAUGAAUAAAAAAAAAGAAGCCUAACACUCAUGAUUUUGUGCUUUUGAAACAGGAAGUUACACACAGGCUGCACAUGCCAAUCAGGUGCUCACUACUCAGGUGAGAAGAUUGUUGCUAGGAAACCAGUAAACAUGGACACCAGUUAAUGGCUGAGGUUAACAGUUUAGGAAGCAAGUCAACACCACUGGAAGUAUUAACACUUUUAUUAGAUGUUAAUUACUGGAAGGAAACACAUCAGUUUAGUCAGAUAUUAGGAGUGCUAACUGACCCCCUGGCAUCAAUGGGUGAAAGAUUUCAUUUCCUACACAAACACAUCAGCCCAGUGUGUUGGAAUGCAUCGCUAUAAAAAGAAGCAAAAAAAAGAGUACACUGUUUCCUGGUACUCUGUGAUACUGAUGAUAAAUGAUGACGAAGCUUAAGGAUUCAUUUAGCACUUCCUUGGUUUAUAUAGCAUCCAUAAAAAGCACACGUGUAUGUUCAUGCACUUGGGCUACUGGGCUCAUUCUUUAUAAAGUUUGCCAAGUUGAUUUUAAAUGAAGGGAGCUAGCUCGCUGCAGUGUUUAAUGGGGAUGCGGUGGAGAAGAACGGGUUUUGCUUUACUUUGGAAAAGCACUUUUGUAUAGCUGUGUGUAAAGAACUUUGUUUUAUCAUUGCCUUGAAUACUUCGUCGUCAGUGACGAUGAAGAUCAAUUGUCAAGAACAACAUACUGGGCAAGAGCAGUUAUACUGCCUUCAUGUUUGUCUUUUGUUCGUAACAAGCCACCGAGCUAACUGUGAUGAUUCUAACCCUAACUCUCUCCUCCUCAAACAGCGACUGUAUAAUCAGUGUUAUUGAUUUAACAAGCAAAUAUGUCUGUAUGUUGAUCGAUGUGAGGGAAACACUUGAAUAGGCAGCACAACUCGUAAUCAAAAGGUAUACUUUGUGCAGCCAUGUUGAUUUGCCAUCAUUCCAGAAAACUGGGAAAGAACUCGGGAGUUAAAAAAUGGAAAUUUCAAGUUAUGGGACUGUUUCCUUGGUUGGAAUUUAGGAAUUUCAAGUUGUGUCCACCAUUUUCAUUCAUCUAGCUUUGUCUGUAGGAUUUCUCUCUCACUUAGUCAGCAUUUGCCGCAGCAAUGAAUUCCUCAUGCCGGGAUGUAUUUUGAAGAUGUUUUAUCAUCGGAGGAAAAUGCCAGUGGUAGAACAUUGAUAUUUUCACAGAGUACAUUUCGCAGGCCAGUUUCAUAUCGCGUCUUCCUUACUAAGCUUACGUCGCAUGGUGUCUAACUUCUAAGAGUAUGAGUAAGAAUCAGACUGAUACCAGGAUCACUGUUGAUGCAGCCCUAGUCUAGUGGUUUUCAAAUCUUUCUAUUUGUUGAAUGCAAAGAAGAACAUCCAAAGCUACCAUCAAACAUGGGCAAAAAAACAUGGGCUGUACUCUUACCACCUUCUAGAUUAGACAGUAUUAAUCCCUAUAGUGCAAGCUCUGCCAAAAACAACCUCCUCCUGCACGAGCAGAGGAAGAGACACUGUGUAACAGAAUAGUAUUAACCCUAAAGAUCGCAAUUCAUCACCAGGUGAAUUAUCGGCACAUGCCUAGUAUACAUAUUUAAACACUCCUCAAGACGGAGGGCUUAAACAAGCUGGUUUGAGUCAGCAGGAGAGUCUCUGCUGUAAUGAUAUCAUGUAUGAUAAAGUAUUUUCAGUGUUUCCUGUGAUUUCUACACUGCACCAGCAUUCUGCUUAGUGUGGCAUAUAUAGUCUAUAUGUAGUGAUGUCCAUAAUAUAGAUGAUCUAAUAAUAGUCGUAGAUGGUUAUGUAAACAAAACGUGUUCCAUUUCUUAGCAUCAAAUGUGAUGCCUUUUUUAUUUUUUCCAUUGAACAUUCAAGUGCUCUUCAUCAGCAGCCUCAGCGCAGGAUCUCAGCAUUGCGUGUACAGCGUGUAUCAUAGGCUCCGUGGCUGCAGCGAUUCUUCGUGACCUUUCCUUUUUAAACUAACAGAUAUUUUAUGGUUUCGAUCUUUUACACAAAGAGUGUAACACGGAUGAAUGAAGGACUGAAAGGGGGAAAAAAAAAAACUUUUUGCUAAAUGAAAAUGGGUGUUUUUAUGUAAAUACUGUGAUUUUUAAGUCUGUUCACAUAUACACAGCUCCAUGUGUGCUUGUGUAGGUUUAAUAUCAUUAUGUGCAAUGUCCGUGCGUAUUUAACUCUCGGUAUUUAGUUAGCCUGGUUAUUGUACAAUGAGUUUAGACUUGUAUACACUGUGUAAAUGUGCCCUGUUCAUUUUUUGUGACAAAUUGUGCUUGUGACAAUAAAUUCUCAUUGAAUAUGUGGAUUUCAAAA